GGAGCCAUUUUUUGAGCUGUGUUAUUGGUUAAGCUAGAUGGCUAAGAUUGAGAAACUCAUUUUUUCAAACGAUAAACUUUAUUCCUACUUUGUUGUUUAGCGUUUAUUGUUGUGUGUGUUUUUUAAGGGCCAUGCCAAUAGUUUAGGUAUCUUCUCUCGCUGAAAUUAUCUUAAUGACCAGUUUUACUACUAGCAUGUGUGAACGUGUUGCUAAUUGAUCAAUAAUGUCCAAGUUGUAAACGGAAUAAGUCAAAUUUGCUACGUGUUUUUAUCGAACCAACCAGUCGUAUUGGGAUUCUACGAGGUGCCUCACAGACUGAAGGUAUGAGUCGCUUCCUGAACGUUCUGCGGAGCUGGCUAGUGAUGGUGUCCAUUAUCGCGUUUGGAAACACCGUCCAGAGCUUCAGAGAUAACAGCUUCUUGUCUGAAAAGCUUUACACGGGCACUCCAGAGUUCGUGAACGGUCUCCAAGCUCGAACAUUUGGUAUUUGGACAUUGCUGUCAUCGAUCAUUCGCUGUGCCUGUGCCAUUGACAUCCAGAACAGGACACUGUAUCUCAUCACCUUGUGGACAUUUGUGCUGGCGUUGGGUCACUUUCUGUCUGAAGCUUUUAUCUACAAAACUGCACCACUGUCUAUUGGAGUGAUGUCACCACUCAUUGUUGCAAGUUUUUCCAUUAUAGGAAUGCUGAUUGGAUUCCAGUGUUUUCCAGAGACCCAGGAGGAAGUAGGAGCCCGACAGAAGAAAAGAAACUAGUUUCUUGUUGAUGAAACCUGAUGAACCUCUAAUCCAGCAGCACACACUUGUGAAUCAGUCUAAAUGUGUUAACUGUGCGAGUGUAAAGAAUUCUGAUGUAUUGAUGGUGCACAUCUUUAUGUCACUAUCAUUGCAGUUUGAAUAUUUACAUAUUACUCUGGAGGACUAAGCGACUGUCUGUGCUGGGAUGUUUUCUGAGCAAUAAGAACUUGAUGCUGCACACAGCUAACCUCGUGUUUGCUUCAUUUUUGAUAAAUCACUUGAUUUCUUGUCUGGAUAAAAUUGUAUUUAAAAUACUCUUAGUUGCACCAAUUUUCUGUUAAUAGUGAAUAUUCUAAGACUUAAUGCAUUUCAUUAUGAUUUCAUGACAGGUUUUCUUUUGUUUUGAUCUAUGUGAAGCACUUUGUGAGUCUGUCUGUGAUAAGUGCUAUAUAAAUAAAAUUUACUUACUAAAUGAA